AUGGAAUCCAAAGAUUAUAAAAUCAAUAAAGACAUCAAAAAAAAUGCUAAGCGAAAUUCUUCAAGCCAUGAUAAUAAAAAAGAUAAUAAAAGUAAAAUUAUAAGAAUUAUAAAAUCAUUAAUCAAUUAAUACUUUUAAACAAAUAAAUAAAUAUAUAGAGAAGGAGCGUAAAUUUUGUUCUCACUCUCGAUCACAUUAAAAAAAUAAACAUAAUCAUAAAUAUAGUAAAAUUAGAGAUUUAAAUUAUUAAAGAAGUUCUUCUUAUAAAAAAAUAAACACAAAAAGACUGAAAGUAAAUAUGAAAAUCAUAAGUGUUAUUGUAGAUAUGAAUAUAGGAAAAAAAAUUAAGAUUUUGAAGAUAGUAGGAAAAGAAGAAGAAGUUCAGAUUCAACGGAUAGAAAAUAAAAAUAAAAGUAAAAUUUUUAAUAUCAUAAAAGCAAUUAUUAAAUUAUAAAAAAAAGUAAUCAUUAAAGUGAUAAAUAUUAAAAGAGCAAAGAAAUAAGAAAUCGCAAAAUAAGUAAAAGUGAAAAAACUUAAUAAAAAUAAAAUAGUGAUAAAAAAAGUUAAUCAUUAACAAAUAAAGAUUCAACUUCAUCUUUAAAUUUCAUAUAAAGUGAUUCAAAAGAUCGUUCAAAAGAUGCAGGUCAUUAUAAAUAUUAUAUAGGAGAGAAAUUCCACGAAAAUCGUUAUAUAGUAACAAAGCAUUUAUCAGACGGUACUUUCGGAAGGGUUUUAGAAGUAAAAGAUACACAUAAUAAUAAUUAAUUAAUGGCACUAAAAAUAAUACGUGCCGUAGAAAGAUAUGUAGAAUCAGCCGAAACAGAAGCAGAAAUAAUAUUCAAAUUAUCAAAUGCAGAUAAAAAGAAUGAAUAUAAUUUUUUGAAAUUAGAUUAAGUUUUUUCACAUAAAAAAAAUUAUUGUAUGGUUUUCGAAAAAUUAGAUUUCGGAGGUGCUACCUUUUAACAUGAACACCAUUCAAGUACAAUAAAUACUAGAUAAUAUAGAUCUCCAGAAGUAAUAUUAUAAUGCUGUAAAUGGAACGAAAGUAGUGAUAUUUGGUCUAUUGGAUGUAUUAUUAUUGAAUUAUAUUCUGGUAAACUCUAUUUUUCUACACAUGAUAAUUAUGAGCAUAUUGCUAUGAUUGAAAAAGUUUGUGGUAAUAUCCCAUAAUGGAUGGCUAAUGAUUGUAAAUAAGAGAAACUAAAGGAUAAUUUUCAAAUUAGUGAUACUUAUUUUUUAGCUAAGAGAUCUUUUUUUGAUUGGCCGGAAAACGCUACAAAGGAAAAUAUUGAAAGUGUUCAAGGAUUAAAACACUUUAAUUAAAUUAUCAAAAAUGAACAUCAUGAACUUAUUGAUUUAAUCUAAAAAUGUCUUUAAAAUGAUCCUAAUAAAAGAAUAAGUUGCGCUGAAGCCUUAAAUCAUGAAUUUUUUAGAAAAUUAUAUUGA